AAAAAGCCAGAUAUUGUCAGCAGAAAAAUACCUUUCAUCCUUGAAUCCAAAACAACAGAAAGAAAUGAGAAAACUGUUUCUGCAGCCAAAUUUCCAGCCCACUUCCAGCAGCAGAGUUUGGAUGAAAACAGAGGCUUCAGUCAGGAAUAUGAGGCCCUCGUUCCUGUUGGCACAGGCCAGACAUGUAAGGCAGCAAAUCUACCAGAAAACAGAGAGAAGAACCGUUUUAACAUCCUGCCUUACGACUGGUGUCGGGUAAAGUUAAACACAUCAGCCCCCACAGAGACGGACUAUAUAAAUGCCAGUUACAUACCAGGCUUCAACAGCAGCAGAGAGUACAUCGCCACGCAGGGUCCUCUGCCCUACACAGUUGUUGAUUUCUGGCGGAUGAUUUGGGAACAGAAAGUGAAGAGAGUUGUCAUGGUUACCAACCACAYCGAAGCAGGACGGGCCAAAUGUGCAGAGUACUGGCCUGGAGACCUGAAGCAGAGUCAGUAUGGAGACGUGUUGGUCUCUGUAACGUCUGAACUGAAGGAACCCAACUGGACACUGAGGCAGUUUACCAUCCAACAGAAAAGAAGCUCAGAGCAACGAUCAGUCAAACAUUUCCACUUCACUGCCUGGCCUGACCGCGGAGUCCCUCAGGGCACAGAGGUCCUGAUCCAGUUCAGAAGGAUUGUGAGGCAGGACRUYGAGAGUGACGGAUCAGAGGCUCCAACCGUGGUCCACUGCAGGUACCCAGUUUACCCAGUUUACCCAUCGCAGUACGUUUUCCUGCACCAGUGCAUCAUGGACAGCCUGCAGCCGUGUGCGACCCAGGAUGAACACGUUUAUGAGAACGACGACACGUUGUACGCAAACACCAUCCAGCUUCAGGAAAUUAUUUAA